CCUAGGCUAUAUAGGUUGUCACCCAAGAAUUAUAGUGUGUUUGAUUUAUCGAAUCACAACCUCAACUUACUUUGAUUUUAAAGCUUCAUCUCACAUACUUAUCUAUUGAAUGGUCUACAUUCCGUUCCAUUGCAGUUUGAUCGAAUAUGGGCGCCGAAGUGUCGACGUUCCUUUCGAGAGAAGUCGUCCCAGAGAAUCUGGCCAUGGCCAGGUUCAUAUCGGAAGGCAACUGGGAGAAGGUAAUCGAGAUGUAUGAGAAUAACCCAACGUCUCACAUCCACACGAUUGAAGAAUACCAGGGCACUGCACUGCACGUGGCCGUAGAUAUGGACGAAGUAGAUGUCGCUCAAUAUCUUCUGCGGGCAAUUCUGAAGCCACAAGAAAUAUCAAAGAAUGAGAAGAUCAAGGCUCUGGAGAAGGGGAACGAGGACGGGGAUACCCCUCUGCACUAUGCAGCAUCGAGGGAUAUCACCAAAAUGUGUGUGGAGAUUAUUGGAAGGGAAAAUGAGAGGAUGUAUUUGGCGAGUCGAAAGAACAAACACGGGGAGACACCUCUCUUUCAAGCUGCUAUAAACGGCAGGAAAGAGGCCUUUGCUUAUCUCUCUAACAUCUCCGACAACAGCGCCCCCUUGCAAGAUCUUGUAGGAAACGAUGGGGACACUAUUCUUCAUUGCGCUAUCAGGAAUGAAUAUUUCGGUACGUACGCAUGCAUGCUAUCUAGCUAGUAUCUUUAUAUUAUUAUCAUUGUUACAAUUGUUAUAUAUGCUGCAGAUUUGGCUGUCAUAAUAUUGCAUUAUUAUGAUUUCCUUAGCAUAUUUAUGAAUAAGGAUGGAGAGUAUCCUCUCCAUGUCCUUGCUACUAGACCCUCCGCCUUUAAAAGUUCAACCUAUCUUUCAUUCUGGGAGCGAAUCCUCUACCCCUGUAUACAUGUGGAACAACUGGACGCUAGAAGCUCAAUGGAAGCCCUUUUAGAAAAGACGAAGAAUCAUCAUAAUUCUGAUGAAGUGAAUUAUCCAAAGAACUACACCGUGUUAAUUGCUGUGUUUACACUACUAAAAGACCAGUUUUUUACAAUUCUAUGCGGUAUAGGUAUGUCAAUGUU